AAGAAGCCAUUCUUUGCACCGGAGAAUCUGGUGCUGGUAAAACUGAAAAUACGAAAAAAGUCAUCCAGUACUUAGCUUAUGUAGCUUCUUCCAAACCUAGGUCAUCAUCAACUCAUCAUUCUAGUGUGCCAACACCAGCCCAAAUAAUAGGGGAACUGGAACAACAACUGUUACAAGCCAAUCCAAUUUUAGAAGCAUUUGGUAAUGCUAAAACUGUAAAGAAUGACAACUCAUCUCGAUUUGGAAAAUUUAUACGCAUUAACUUCGACGCUUCAGGAUUUAUUGCUGGUGCAAAUAUUGAGACAUAUCUUCUAGAAAAAUCGCGUGCUAUUCGACAAGCAAAAGAUGAACGUGCCUUUCAUAUUUUUUAUCAGAUCUUAGCAGGAACAACACCAGAGCAAAAAAAAGAAUUUUUGUUAGAAGAUCCUAAGAACUACAGAUUUUUAACUUGUGGAGGUUUGGCUGUUCCUGGUGUAGAUGAUGCUCUAGAAUUCCGAAAUACUGUUAGUGCAAUGUCUAUAAUGGGUCUUUCUUCAGAAGAUUUACAUGCUAUAUUUAGGAUUUUAUCAGCUGUAUUGUUGUUUGGAAACAUGGAAUUUCAGCAGGAACGGAAUUCUGAUCAAGCAUUUUUAAGUGAAACAACUGUUGCCCAAAAAAUUGGUACUUUACUUGGUUUAAAAGUAACUGAAAUGACAAGAGCUUUUAUUCGGCCCAGAAUUAAAGUUGGCCGAGAUUUUGUUAGUAAAGCACAAACAAAAGAGCAGGCUGAAUUUUCAGUUGAAGCUAUUGCAAAAGCUUGUUAUGAACGUCUAUUUAGGUGGCUCGUAAACAGAAUAAAUAGAUCUCUUGAUCGAACAAAGCGACAAGGGGCGUCUUUCAUUGGAAUACUUGAUAUUGCAGGUUUUGAAAUUUUUGAGUUAAAUUCAUUCGAACAAUUAUGCAUAAACUACACAAAUGAAAAACUACAGCAACUUUUCAAUCAUACGAUGUUUGUAUUGGAACAAGAGGAAUACCAAAGGGAAGGAAUAGAAUGGAAAUUUAUUGAUUUUGGCCUUGAUUUGCAACCUACGAUUGAUUUAAUUGAAAAGCCCAUGGGAAUCCUUGCAUUGCUUGAUGAAGAAUGUUGGUUCCCAAAGGCAACUGUGAAAACAUUUGUUGAUAAACUGGAUACAUCACACUCUGUUCAUCCUAAAUACAUCAAAUCUGAUUUUAGAGCAAAUGCUGAUUUUAGCAUAAUACAUUAUGCUGGAAAAGUUGAUUAUUCUGCAGAUAAAUGGCUGUUGAAAAACAUGGAUCCCUUAAAUGAAAACAUUGUGUCAUUGCUUCAGAAUUCACAAGACCCAUUUGUUGUGCAUAUAUGGAAAGAUGCUGAAAUUGUAGGUAUAGCUGCAGCAACUAUGGGAGAUACUCAGUUUGGUGCUAGGACUAGAAAGGGCAUGUUUAGGACUGUAAGCCAGUUAUACAAGGAACAGUUGGCUAAACUUAUGGCAACAUUGCGCAAUACGAAUCCCAAUUUUGUUCGCUGCAUUAUUCCAAAUCAUGAAAAAAGGGCUGGAAAAAUUGAUGCACUUCUUGUAUUAGACCAGUUGCGUUGCAAUGGUGUUCUAGAAGGUAUUAGAAUAUGUAGACAAGGAUUUCCUAACAGAAUAGCAUUUCAGGAAUUUAGGCAAAGGUAUGAAUUACUUACUCCAAAUGCAAUACCAAAAGGUUUUAUGGAUGGGAAGUUAGCUUGUGAAAGAAUGAUUUAUGCUUUGGAUCUUGAUCCUAACCUGUAUAGAAUUGGUCAAAGUAAAAUUUUCUUUCGUGCUGGAGUACUAGCUCAUUUAGAAGAAGAAAGAGACUUGAAGAUAUCUGAUUUAAUUAUUCAAUUUCAGUCGUUUUGUCGAGGUGCAUUAGCUAGAAGGAAUUUCCAUAAGAGAUUACAGCAGUUGAAUGCCAUCAGAAUUAUUCAGAGGAAUUGUGCUGCGUAUUUAAAACUGAGGAACUGGUCUUGGUGGCGACUUUAUACCAAAGUAAAACCUUUACUUCAAGUAACGAAACAAGAAGAAAAAUUAAGUGCAAAAGAAGAUGAACUAAGACAAGUAAAGGAAAAAAUGGAAAAAGCUGAAUCUGAAAUAUCUGAAUUAGAAAAAAAGUUGCAACAGUUAUCUGAGGAAAAGACAACUCUUGCUGAGCAACUACAAGCAGAAACUGAGCUUUGUGCAGAGGCUGAAGAAUUGCGAUUAAGGCUACAGGCAAGGAAGCAAGAAUUGGAAGAUAUUUUACAGGAUAUGGAAGCCAGAAUAGAAGAGGAGGAGGAGAGAAAUCAAAAUCUUACUGCAGAAAAAAAGAAAUUACAGCUAACUAUUCAGGAUCUUGAGGAACAACUUGAAGAAGAAGAAGGAGCACGUCAAAAAUUGCAACUAGAAAAAGUUACGCUUGAUUCAAAAAUUAAAAAAAUAGAAGAGGAUUAUGCUGCUUUAGAAGAUAGUAAUCAAAAGGUUUUAAAAGAAAAAAAGCUGCUGGAAGAAAAGCUUGUAGAAGUUUCUCAAAAUUUAAGUGAAGAAGAAGAAAAAUCUAAGCAUUUAUCAAAAUUAAAGGCAAGGCAUGAAGCCACCAUUGCUGAUAUAGAUGAAAAGUUACGCCGAGAGCAGCAGAUGAGACAAGAACUAGAACGUGCAUCGCGUAAGAUCGAAACAGAGUUAAAUGAUGUGAAAGAACAAUUAAUAGAAAAGAAGCAGCAAGUUGAUGAAAUGCAUCAACAGCUUUUACGAAAAGAGGAUGAGCUAACUCAGGCACUUAACAAAUGUGAUGAAGAACUUAUCGCAAAAGCACAAGCACAAAAAAUGUUGCGAGAGACGGAAAACCAGUUAACAGAAGUUCAAGAAGAUUUAGAAGCUGAAAAAGAAGCCAGGGCAAAAGCAGAAAAACAAAAGAGAGAUUUAAAUGAGGAAUUAGAAGCUUUGAAAAAUGAACUUGUAGACUCAAUUGAUUCUACUGCUACUCAGCAGGCUUUGCGAUCUAAAAUGGAAGAAGAAUUACAUCUUUUAAAAAGGAAUUUAGAAGAAGAAACUGUAGCUCAUCAAAAUCAGAUUGGAGAGUUGAGGCAAAAACAUACUAUAGUUGUUGAAAAGUUAAAUGAACAACUAGAUUCGGUUCAAAAGUCUAAAGCUGCACUAGAGAAAGCAAAAGCAAAUCUUGAAAGUGAAAAUAAUCAGUUGGCUUCUGAAUUGCAAGUUAUUUCAUCAGCUCGACAAGAAUCAGAGAGACGAAGAAAACAGAUGGAGAAUCAGCUUCAAGAACUGUCAAUCAAAUUUGAAGAAGUUGAAAGAAGUAAAUCAGAAAUGUCGGAGAGAGCACAAAAAUUACAGGCUGAACUGGAAUCAGUGAGUGCUCAGUUAGAGGAUAUGGAAAACAAAGCUACACAAGCAAUCAAAAGUGCUGCAACACUGGAAUCUCAACUUGCAGAAAGUCAAGAACAACUGCAAGAUGAAACUAGACAAAAAUUAGCCCUCAGCUCCAGACUAAGGCAGUUAGAAAGUGAAAGAGAAUCUUUGCAAGAGCAACUUGAUGAAGAAGAAGAAGCAAAGAAAGCACUAGAAAAACAAGUGUCACUACUCAAUCUUCAAAUUACUGAAUGCAAGAAAAAGGCAGAGGAAGAAGCUGAUGCAGCUGCUGCAUUAGAAGAACAGAAAAAGAAACUUUCUAAAGAUGUUGAUGUCUUGCAGCAUAAAUUAGAUGAACUUCAAAUAAUCCAUGAUAAAUUAGAUAAAUCAAAAAGGAAAUUGCAGUCUGAGGUUGAAGAUCUAACUAUAGAGCUUGAUAACCAAAGGGCUAAAGUGUCUGAUCUUGAGAAGCGGCAGAGGAAGUUUGAUCAGUUGCUUGCAGAAGAGAAAGCUAUAUCUGAACGAAUUGGACAAGAGAGGGACAAUGCAGAACGUGAAGCCAGGGAAAAAGAAACUAAAAUAUUAUCUCUCACUAGAGAUCUUGAAGAAAGAGAAGAACGUAUCGAAGAACUUGAAAGACUUAAAAAACAGUUGCAAGUUGAAUUGGAUGAAUUAGUCAAUAGCCAAGGAACAGCUGAUAAAAAUGUACACGAGUUAGAAAAGGCUAAAAGGUUAUUGGAAGGUCAAUUGGAAGAACAAAAACAUCAGAUAGAAGAACUUGAAGAUGAAUUGCAGUUAACAGAAGAUUCCAAACUGAGAUUAGAGGUCAAUAUGCAAGCACUUAAAGCACAACUUGAACGAGAUUUACAGGCCAGAGAUGAACAAAAUGAAGAAAAGAGAAAAUCUCUCAUUAAACAGGCUCGUGAUCUUGAAGCAGAGCUUGAAGAUGAACGUAAACAACGUGCUGCAGCAAUUGCUGCGAGGAAAAAGCUGGAGAGUGAUUAUAAAGAUAUGGAACAACAGUUAGAAAUUGCCAAUAAAGUUAAAGAAGAUUCUCUGAGGCAGUUAAAAAAAUUACAGGCUCAAAUGAAAGAUUAUCAACGAGAAGUUGAGGAAUCCCGUUUAGCCAAAGAAGAAUUAACUUUACAAGCCAAAGAAGCUGAGAAAAAGCAAAAAACGUUGGAAGCAGAUUUAAUUCAGCUUCAAGAAGAUUUGGCCAGUUCGGAAAGAGCAAGGAAGGCUGCGGAAGCUGAAAGAGAUGAAUUACAUGAGGAGAUAAAUAGCAGUGCAUCAAAAGGGUCUCUGCUAGUAGAUGAAAAGCGAAGGCUUGAGGCACGAAUUCAGCAACUUGAAGAAGAAAUGGAAGAAGAACAAGGGAAUUCUGAAGCUUUACUAGAAAAGGCUAGGAAAUCUCAGACACAAAUAGAACAAUUAACUGCUGAAUUAGCAUCUGAAAAAGCUACAUCACAGAUGUUAGAAAAUAGCAGGAUAUUGUUAGAAAGACAGAACAAAGAAUUAAAAUUAAAACUUCAAGAGGUGGAAAGUUCUCAAAGAGCAAAAUCAAAAACAGCUAUAGCAUCCUUAGAAUCUAAACUUGGUCAGUUAGAAGAGCAAUUAGAAGAAGAAACUAGGGAGAAACAAGUUCUUGCAAAAUCUAGUCGAAAGCUUGAAAAGCGUGUCAAAGAAUUAUUGCUACAAUUAGAUGAUGAACGCCGACACGCUGAUCAGUACAAAGAACAGUUAGAAAAAGCCAAUAACCGAAUGAAAAACUUAAAGAGGCAGUUGGAUGAAUCAGAGGAGGAAUGUUCUAGAGAAAAGGCAGCAAAGAGGAAAGUACAAAGAGAACUUGAAGAUCUCCAUGAAAAUUGUGAAGGUUUGCAAAGAGAGGUCACUAAUUUAAAAAACAAAAUGAGACGAGGGGGAAGUGGAUCUGGAGGUUCUAGUUCAUCAUCAAUAUCUUCUCGUUUAGGAUCAAAACGGGGAUCCAUAACUGUUGGUAUGGGUGAUGAUGUUAGUUCUACGAUGUCUCUAGCUGAUGAUUCCCCUAAUGAAGAUAGUCAAGCUUGAUAAUAAGAGGACUUAUAAACUAGUGCUUCAGACAGUCACUUCGGCAGGAGGCAUUUUCUAUUUGAAACUGACUUGAAAACAUUCCUAAUUCACCCUUGUUGGGUUCUGUCUUCAACUAAUCAACAGAUUUUUCUUUUUUAUUGUGGUUCCAUGAUCAGUGAUUAUUGCCUCAGUUAGCUGCCAUUCAUUCCUACUUUCAUUUUGUCACACCCAUGCAUAAUUAAGGUGCAACUUAACUGGACAGUUUGGAAGUUCGUUUGAAAUGAAUUAAAUCAAGAUCGCCUGCGCGGCAACACAUGUUAAAAAAAGAAACUGUAGAUUGAUUUUACUAUUAUGAAAAGUUAAAACUUUUUAUUAAAGUUUAUAAAAUUUUCUGAUGUAAAAUUUAAUAAACAAUUUGAGAGCAAGUUCUAGUUUAGAAAAAUUUUAUAUCUUGAAAUGCAUGUUGAUUUCAAAAUUUAACAAGAAAUAUUGAUAAGAAAAUCUCUGGAACUGUUUAUAUUUCUACAUCUAGACUUUGAAAUGAAUCUAAACACUUAAAAAUUCAUAUUCCUGGUAAAUUUGCGUGCAAUAUGUGGCCUUUGUAGCAGACAUUUCCAGUUUUAGGUACAGUGAGAAUACAGAAUAGUGUGCUUGAAGUUUUUUUAAGAAAAAAAAAAAAAAAAAAUGCCUUAUUUGAAGCUGUGAAUUUGUAAGUACCAACAGUGGCACAGUGAUUGAACUAAGUUUCAGGUUGAAUUAUUAUUUUUGUAUGAUCAAUCAGUGCAGUAUGUUUCUGUAAAUUGAAUAUUGAUUAAAGGGUUGAAUUAUUAA